AGUCUUAGUUCUCUUCUCUCGUUCAAUACGACGUCCAAAAGCGCCACCUAAGAAUCACUGUUGAGAUUCAUAUCCUCACAAAGUUUCAUCGCUGCAGCACCUUCCUCCGCCACACCGCCCUUGACUCCUCCACCGCAGCACCGUCGUACUCUUACAGGUUUCCGUUAGAAAUUCUUUAUUCUUCAUUUAGUUGAUGGUAUAUAUUUGACACACACACACACACUCAGUUGAAUUUUGAAAAUUUGGCGACUGGCAUGAAUAAGGGCAAGGAUUCUCUGAAAUGGGUUCUAUUGGAUUUAAUUGAGAGGUGCAAUAAUUUGAGAACCUUCAAGCAAAUCCACACACAACUAUUGACUUCUACCCUUGUUGCCAAUGACUUGGUUGUCCCCAAAGUUGCAAACUUUUUUGGUAAACAUGUAACUGAUAUUCAUUACCCUUGCAAUUUCUUGAAGCAUUUCGAUUGGAGCUUGAGCUCUUUCCCUUGCAAUUUGAUAAUUUCUGGCUAUGGUGCUGGCCACUUACCUUGGUCUGCAACCCUGAUUUAUAGAUGGGUUGUCAGUCAUGGGUUUGUGCCUGAUGUGUACACUGUCCCAGCAGUUUUGAAAUCAUGUGCUAAGUUUUCUGGUAUUGCAGAGGUUAGACAAUUUCAUACGUUAUCUGUUAAGACUGGCCUGUGGUGUGACAUCUUUGUGCAAAAUUCUCUUGUUCAUGUUUAUAGCAUUUGUGGUGACACUGUAGAGGCUGGUAAGGUGUUUGACGUUAUGCUUGUGAGAGAUGUCGUCUCUUGGACUGGUUUGAUAUCUGGGUAUGUCAAGGCAGGGUUGUUCAAUGAUGCUGUUGCAUUGUUUUUGAGAAUGGACGUGGCUCCUAAUGUAGCAACGUUUGUUAGCAUUCUUGGGGCAUGUGGGAAAUUGGGUUAUUUAAAUUUGGGGAAGGGGAUUCAUGGGUUGGUUUCUAAAUAUCCCCAUGGAAAGGAGUUGGUGGUGAAUAAUACUGUGAUGGAUAUGUAUAUGAAGUGUGAGUCUGUGACUGAUGCAAAGCAAUUGUUUGAUGAGAUCCCUGAAAAGGACAUCAUUUCUUGGACUAGUAUGAUAAGUGGAUUAGUGCAAUGCGAGUGUCCACAAGAAUCAAUUGAUUUGUUCUGUAAAAUGCUGGGUUCAGGUUUUGAGCCUGAUGGUGUUAUACUGACCAGUGUGCUUUCUGCUUGUGCCAGUCUUGGGCUUCUUGAUUAUGGAAGAUGGGUUCAUGAAUACAUUGAUCAUAAUCGUAUCAAAUGGGAUGUUUAUAUGGGAACUUCAUUGGUUGACAUGUAUGCAAAAUGCGGUUGUAUAGAUAUGGCGCAGUAUGUCUUCAAUUCAUUGCCUUCUAAGAAUAUCCGUACUUGGAAUGCCUAUAUAGGUGGUCUAGCAAUAAAUGGACACGGGCAAGAAGCAUUGAAACAGUUUGGAUAUUUGGUUGAAUCCGGUAUAAGGCCUAAUGAGGUUACGUUUCUAGCUGUUUUUACAGCUUGCUGCCAUUCUGGUUUGGUUGAUGAAGGCCGUAGCUAUUUCAAUCAGAUGACAAGCCCUCCCUACAACCUUUCUCCAUGGAUAGAACACUAUGGAUGUAUGGUUGAUUUGCUGUGCAGGGCUGAAUUGGCGGGGGAAGCUAUGGAGUUGAUAAAGAAAAUGCCUAUGCCACCUGAUGUGCAGAUCCUAGGAGCUCUUUUGAGCGCCUCCAAUACAUAUGGAAAUGUCAGAUUAACCACAGAAAUGUUAAAAUCACUUCCGAAUUUUGAAUGCCAAGAGAGUGGCGUAUAUGUGCUUCUGUCUAAUCUGUAUGCAACUAAUAAAAAAUGGGCAGAAGUAAGGAGUGUUAGGAGAUUGAUGAAGGAGAAAGGAAUAUCCAAGGCUCCAGGUUCUAGCCUUAUAAGGGUGGAUGGCAAGAGUCAUAAAUUUUUAGUUGGAGAUAACAGCCAUCCUCAAAGUGAGGAUAUCAAUGUUCUAUUAAACAUCCUUACCAAUCAAACCUAUCUUGAGGGUCAUAUUGAUACCCUUUCUUGAUCAAACAGCCAUGCCCGAGCCUAUGCUAAUCAAUCAUCUGAAAUCUGAUGAGAUGUUAGUAGCUACUGUUUCUAAAAUGUAGUAUAGAAUGCAUACCAAAAGAAGAUGCUUGGUUUAAAUUGCAGCUAUGGAAUGCGUCAACUCAUCAACAAUUGAUUUGAUCAAUAUAGCGAGGAUGUUUGUUUUUCUGGUAUACAACUUUGGAGAGCAAUUUAUGUACAAAGUCAAAUUUCUCAGAGGAGAUCUUCACAACAUAAUUUUAGGAUAUCUUGCUGGAGCAUGGGCAUGCUAUAUAUUUUCCAACGGCAUUUUAUUAUCUUAAAGAUGGGAAUUUUUUGUAUGAGUUAGUCUAUGGAAGCUGUGUAAACUAAAUCCUUUACACAUUGACCUGAAAUCAGGUAUUUUUCACGUUCCAAACCAAUUCUAUUGGUCUCCGAGUCCUCUUCCCCCACCGCCCUCUUUCUUGUUCACCUCGCAGUCAAAUAUAUCAUAUAUAAGUACAUGGUUAAGGAUAUCAAAAUAGGAGAUCUAUUUUUGGUACGGAAGCCGAUUGAUAAUGGUGGAUUCUUUAUUAUUUGAGGAGGCUAUCCUUUCAUUAACUAACGACGAGAGGAUAUAAUAUGCUGCGGUGUUCUUUAUAAAUUCUAAUCUCUGUCUUACUCUCUAGAUGAUGGAGGUAGCUAGUGCAGAGCAAGGAUACACAUGCUCUAUAUAGUGGGAAUGAGAGACCUAACACGAAGAAACAAAUUCUACAAUUGGGUCAUUGCAAAGCCAAAACGGUUUCCAUAUAUUUGAAGAAGAGGCCUAUACACUGACUAUAAGAUGCAGGCCGAGGAGGGAAAACUCACAGAGCUAUAUGUUUCCAAGACAAUGCUCUGCCACUAAGAGACUGGUAACCGCAAAAGAACACACCUCUGUCAAAACAUCUUUGGUGAUGUGGAUAAGAAUGGUGCUACACUCGUCAAUUUUCCAUUUUCGGCCUCCAUGGUUUCAUCCCAACACAG